UCUGUUAAAUGUCAGAAAGUGCACAUCACAGUUUCCCCAUAGGUGAAGACUUUUAUUCUUUGUUUUUUAAGCAGUUGUACUAUUCCAAAUUUGUUGCGGUUUCAUUUUCAUUCAUUUCAUUUUUCUUCCUAGUAUAGUCAGACAGUUUGUUGAUAGGCCAAAGUGACAUCUUCAGUCUUUAGCUCAGAAAUAUUCAUCAUUGAUUAUAAAACAGCAAAACGCCAAAUCUGCACAUUUGAGAAGCUGAAAACACUAAAUGUUUGGUAUUUUAACCUGGGGGGAAAAGGACUGAAAUGUUUUUUCACUUAUCAAAACAGUUGCUCUGACAAUAGUCUAGUCAACCAAGUGUUUAAACUUUACAAUUGAUUAAUAAGUUCAGUGUUAGGAAACCAGAUAUCAUCUGGAACUUGGUUUAAAGUCUGAUAAUGAUAAUACUGAUGUGGCGUAUUACUGGUCUUUAAUGGCUGCAAUUACAAUUUAUUGUCACAAUAUUCAGAACAUGUCCUGUGAAAAGUGCACUGAAUGACUCCUGCUUACAUACAUAAUCCCCCCCCAAAAAAUUUUCCUUUCCACAAAAAACACCAGUGUGUCACUCAAAAAAGGUUUUCAGAAAACAUUCUGUCGAUUUGAUUUUGAGGAAUAUUACCCAAGCCUUCCUGUCAUGAGUGCUUGUGCACUCCAGACAUGUUGCACCUCCAGGUCCUGGUGAUGGAAUCUCUUUACCCUGCUCAUGUUACAUCUAUGAAUGUAGUUAUCUGAGGGGCCCUCCGGGGGUACAGCAUGUGCUCUGAGAAUCCACAACAUCCCCCUUCCAGAAAAGCCCAGCCAGUCAACUUGCUUUUGGACAGGACAUAAUUAUCACCACAGUAGCGUCUUUUGACUCAGCUACUUGACUGUGUGUUUGUUGGUGUGGCAGACUAACCUUUUUGAAUAUGCGUCCGAGUGUUUUUUGAGUGUCUCUCCCACAGUUUGUCCUGUCCUUGUCACCGUUGCCUGAAUGCUUGUCUCGUUGUGUGUGUUUGUCUGCGUGUCGCUCUGUGUUUGCGCGUUGUUGUCUGUGUUUCCCGGUCUGAUCGCGCCAGUGUCUGACGGCCCCUGUCCUGUACUUGCACAGCAUAAGCUGAAGUCUUCGCAGAGGGACAAGGUACGGCAGUUCAUGUCCUUCACACAGGCUGGGGAGAAGACAGCUGUGUACUGCCUCACACAGAAUGACUGGAAACUAGAAGUUGCCACCGACAACUACUUUCAGAACCCGGAUCUUUACUGCAAGGAAUCCAUGAAAACCUCGGUGGACCGGAAAAAGCUGGAUCAGCUCUAUAAUCGCUACAAAGAUCCACAAGAUGAGAAUAAGAUUGGUAUCGAUGGGAUCCAGCAGUUUUGUGACGACCUCUCACUGGACCCAGCCAGCAUCACUGUGCUCGUUGUUGCGUGGAAGUUUCGCGCCGCCACUCAGUGCGAGUUCUCCAAGAAGGAGUUCAUGGACGGAAUGACAGACCUGGGGUGUGACAGCCCGGAAAAACUGAAGGCCCUUUUGCCAAGACUAGAGCAGGAGCUAAAAGAUACCGGAAAGUUCAAGGACUUCUACCAGUUCACCUUUAAUUUUGCCAAAAACCCUGGACAGAAGGGUCUAGACUUGGAGAUGGCUGUAGCCUACUGGAACCUGGUUCUCUCAGGACGAUUUAAAUUCCUCGAUCUUUGGAAUCGAUUCCUUUUGGAACACCAUAAACGAUCCAUCCCAAAGGACACAUGGAACCUAUUGUUGGACUUUGGCAACAUGAUUGCAGAUGACAUGUCAAAUUAUGAUGAGGAAGGAGCAUGGCCCGUUCUUAUAGAUGAUUUUGUGGAAUUCGCUCGACCAAUUGUAACAGGAUCAAAACGUAAAACUCUCUAAAUCCAGUCACGACUCUGGAGCGUCAGAACGUUGUUUCUUUUACAUUGACUUCAUAGUUUUUUUUAAGACUUGUACAAAAAAAAGUGAAAAUUGUAGACUUCAGAGAGAAAAACAGAAGCACUUGAAACUGUCAGGAAAACAACCUUUCAGGGAGCUGAGUAAAAACUGUGAGAAGAACUGGCCACACGUUUUUUUUGUCCUCGUGAGACCAGAGGCGUCGUAUGGACAAUGCCAGAUACACUUUGUCUCUCCUGUUGGAUUCUCAGUAUCCUGGACUCUGCUCUGCUCCAAGAGGAGCACCAGCUCUCAGGGCCACAGCCUGUGAGCGAGGACGGACACAGCUCUGCGAGGAGGUUCUCUGGCUGUGUGCUCCCUCAACACACCGGAGGGGAGAGAGCAGCGUGUUUUAAGAUUCUUUCUGGUCCGCUUUGUUUUGUUUAUAUGAAGCUCUGAGUGACUGUGCAAAGUUCCAAUGUCUAACUCUAACUUUUUCGGGACAUAGUGCUCACCACACCAGCACCAACAGAACUGUUGCAGUUUUUACUGUACAUACUGUAUCUAUUGGGACAGUUUACAAAUAGAGCUAUAUGAAGAAUAAUAUAAAUACGUUGAAUUUAUAAAUGCAAAAAGAUGAUUUCUUUUAUGUACAGGAAAUGCUAUGAUCUCUUAACGGGAUGCCUCAAUAUUGUGGACAUAUGCCGUCGGUUUAAUUAUAAGGUGGAUCUCUGGAGUUGUGAGCUUGUCGUCAAAAGCACGUCAGACACAUGUUGCUACACUUUGGGCUGGUUUCACAAAUAAAUGAGAGUAAAGGUAGUGCUUUGAUUCAGAUGAUUGAUCUUGGUUCAUGGCAUUAAUUUGUCUGGAUAAUCGCAGUUGGGGGUUGGUCUAAAAUCCUAAAUGUAAUCAGUCCAAUCCACAGUACUGUAUUCUCGAUUCCCCCCCCCCCCACACACACACUUUCAAAAAAUACUUUUAUUCAAUUUGUGAAGGAAAAGAGUUUUGUUAUUUUAUCAGUCGAUCCGUCUGAGUAAUCUGUUCAGCUGCAGCUAAGAGAAAUGUAAAGUAAAGAAGUGACGGGCCCGCAGGAUUGCAUGGCGCAUAUCUGUAUGUUAUGGCAGCGCGACGGCCUUUGUUCAGGAGUCAGGACACGAGAGAGGGCAACAACAACAACAACAACAGGACAACAAAAUGAAGCCUUAAGAAUAAAAACCUGUCUGUUCAAUAUUCAUGUGUUCUGUUAAGUGUUACUGAAGGUAGUGAAAAACGGAAUAUAAUGUUGAUACAUCAUGUAAGUAGCCUAAGUAUAUUGUUCAUUUAAGAAAGAUGAAUAAAGCAUGAGUUUUUCCAUAA